AUGAACGAUGAUCCCGGCUCGAGCUCCGCGGCCCGGCUGCUACCUGACAUAUCUGACGCCGAUUACGACAUCGCAGCGUACGGCGGUCCCUCGGCGGGGAGCAGCGACGGCCAUUCUCACGAUGACGCCCCAGCAAUGUUACCCUCUCGGCCGGAGGAGAAGCGGCGGGCAGGGUUGGUCAAGAAAUUGGAGCUCAUCAGCCACUUACAAAAGGGGCUUGACAUGAUGGUCUUCGUCUACAUCUGCACCCUGUACUACAUGGAGUGCUCGUUUGUCCGUUUUCUACUGCGCAUCGUGCCGCACUAUUCCUUCUUGACCCCUAAGGACGGUCUGCUUCUCCCGGCCGAGCACCCACACAUCUAUACCAUCUUCAUACCGACCGUCAUCUGCAUGCUGGCGCAUAUAUUUUUCUCCUUGCCCCAGGCUGGCGAGGCCACGCGCGGCUAUCUGCAUGGGGGCGUCAUCAUAGACUUCGUUGGGCAGAAGCCGCCAACCACAAAGCUCGCCUUCUUGUUUUUCGACUUGGUUAUUUUGGGGCUGCAAUGUCUGAUGCUGGCAGUACACCAAGAGCGGGAGAAGCUCAAGAAGGCCGUCUCUCCCCAUUUAAGAACCUUCAGCCCAAGCGGCGAUACGGUUGAGCCGGCUGUCGCAGCAGCAACAACACAGGACCACGAUGCGGAGGAGCGCGGAGUGCUCAGAGACGACACGUACAUAGAAGACGGGGAGGGUACAGGACUUCGCCCGCUCUCCGGGGAGAAUGGCGGCGAGGAGGGCAGCAGUAGCAGCCCAACGGAUGGUGAGCGGACUGGUGACACUUAUUCGUCGGCCGCAACGAGCGUUGACAUGGUGGACUUGCUAAUGUCGGGUAAUGCCGUCCUGUCGAACCUCCACGUCAUCCAUGCUGUCAGGUCGGUAGGGAGCGGCGCUCAGAACGCUGCGGCAUACUCGCUUCGCACGCUUGGUUAUAAUGCUACGCUUGCUGCUCUUGCAGCAGAGCGGAGGAGUAGGUUGAUUCGAGAGCAACAGCGGUAG